GCUGACGAAGAAGUGAAAGCAACAAUAUGGCGGGAUGCAUGAAAAUGAAGGAAGAGUUUGAUGUCGCGAGCGUUAGGAGCAGAAACGUCGCGUUUAUUCUUCUGUUUUUCCUUCAGCUGUUUGAGCUCGCAUCCGGUGCUCCCAACAUUAUCAAUAUUGAAAAUGGAAAAGAAGUGAAGACUGAGGAUUCAGGACACUUCUGCUACAUCAACCCAACUCCUGCACCUGGAUGGAGGGAGACCUGGACGAGGAUCCAGGUAAGAGUCUGGAGCUCCAAGGAGCUGAAGGUGACGGUUGUAAAGGAUGAAGAGGAGCUGGAGGAGCUUGAGCAGUUUAGUUUCUGGUCCAUGAUGCAGCACUGGCUUCAUGAGCAGACCAACGAGACCAGCCUGAGCGUCAACCUUUUCACCCAGAAGACCUGUUUCCGUGUGGAUCCUUCAGAUACCUCAGUGGUCUACAGAGUAAAACCCAGCAGGAAAUUUGACUUCUUUCUGUUUGCGGUGUUUCUGGCUGGAGUCCUGCUGUUCUUCUUUGCAGAUCUGCUCAGCAGGAGUCAGGUGUUCUACUACUCAGCAGGAAUGAGUACAGGCCUGAUCGCCUCCCUCGUCAUCCUCGUCUUCAUUCUAGGGCGUUUUUUACCAAAGAGAAGUCCAUUCUAUGUGCUGAUGGUGGGAGGCUGGUCCUUCUCUUUGUACGUAAUUCAGCUUGUGUUUAAGAACCUGCAGCUCAUCCUCAAGGAGCACUGGCGUCUGGUGAUGGGCUACACUGCAGUCGUGGGGUUUAUCAGCUUCGCAGUGUGUUACCGUCACGGCCCGCUGGUGGAGGAGCGCAGCAUUAACAUCUUGUCGUGGACGCUCCAGAUUUUCGGCAUGCUGCUCGUAUAUGCCGGCAUACAGGUCCAGCAGGUGGCGCUAGCAAUCAUGGUGGCCGCUUUCUGCGCCAAAAACCUGGAGUACCCAGUGACCAUGGCAUUUAGUCUGUAUGAGAAGCUGAAGCCGAAGCUGCGCUGGAAACCGGAGCCUCGGCGAUUGCUAACGGAGGAGGAGUACCAAAAACAGGCUGAGGUGGAGACUCAGAAAGCUCUGGAGGAGCUGAGGAAGCAGUGCAGCAGCCCCGACUUCAGCACCUGGAAAACUGUGUCCAGACUGCAGUCUCCCAAAAGGUUCGCCGAUUUCAUCGAGGGUUCUCCACAUCUAAUGCCCAACGAAGUCUCAGUCCACGCUCAGGAAUACGGCGAAUCGCUGCUCGAAGACGAUCUUUUCUCCACAGACGAGGAAGACGAGGAGGAACUAUUGGAGACGGAUGACGACGACGACAAGAAGAAACCUAACACGUCUUCACUGUGGCGGAACGCAGAGAGAAAGAAUUGAGAAGGUGAAACUAAAACUGCCGUAAGUGCAAAAGAGAUCUUCCGACUCUCAAAACAAUCAGGGCACGAAAUGUGAAGAUGCAACACCAUGCGUCAGGUAGGACUGGCAACGCAGAGCUGAUUGUACACCAGCUUAGAGAUGUUACAGCACUGAGCUACUUCUUACUGUAAGAGUUUGUUUUUGCCUUCUUUUUUUUAAAUUAUCAUUCUAAUGAAGAGGCUGCAGAUAACAGUAACACAUGGUGUGUUGUAUUAAACCAAAGCCAUAGUUAUGGUUGAAGAGGAUUUCUUUUUUUUUGGGUGUGUUUGUUCUUUUGAAUUGUUUUAUUCUGUUGCAGGCAUAUGUUUGUUAGGGUUUUUGUAUUUUUGGGGGGUAUAGAAAAUAUAUUAACUUUUUAUUCGCUGCCCUGAGUGCAACUUUUUUUUUUUUUUUUUUAAAGUUCAAAUAAAU